AUGACCACCACCUCCUCGCGGCUUGCUAUUCAGAGUCCCACCUUUCUCUUCUCAUCUCCUCAUCAUAUCAACUGAAGAGAAGGUGUGGGCGCGAUGUUUCGGACGAGUCUUUCAAGUCUGCGUGCGGUUCCGGUACGCGCACCGCGGCUAGUUCGCCACUCCUCUAUCCGCGCUCUGAUGGAUAGAUUCAAGGACCCUACCUCCCCGUUCCACCUCCCGCCGGGUACACAAGGUCCUGACUCUCCCGACCCUCUACCGGAGGAAGUCUCUCCUGCGGACGAAGGGCGCGCAACGUUGGCCGCGCUUGGCUAUGACCCAGAUAGUUUCUGGGAGCAGCCUGUGGUAUGGGGAGAUCAUGACAGCUUCCAGCACGUUAACAACGUUCGAUACCUCCGCUUCUUCGAGUCCGGUCGCAUACACUGGAUGCGCGCCCUCGGCGCCGAACUCGGUGGACCCGCAAGAGCCGACGCCAUGAUCAAGGGCAAAGGCGUCUCGCUCAUCCUCAAGUCCGUCUCCCUCGAAUACAGACGUCCUGUCGUAUUCCCGGACACCCUCUUGGUCGCGCACAAGCCGCAUCCCGGGCCGCUCUAUACCUCGUCCAAAGUCGACAGCCCCGAGGUCAGGACGCGGCGGCAGGCGAAGACGCACUUUCACGUCAUGGGCGCGAUCUGGUCUUACGCGCAGCGGAAGAUCGUGACGGAGUCCGACUCGGUUCUCGUUUGGUACGACUACGACAAGCUGGCGAAGUGCGACCCGGGCGAGGAAGCGAGGGCAGUCAUUCAGCGGAGGAUGAACCUGGCCAAGGCUCAAGACUCCUCUUAGGAGGCGCUCGGUGGCUGUCAUGCAGAGUAUCCGAUGCAAUGCGAGCGGGGCGACACGGGCGUUUUAGCCCUUGUAGAAGUCAUAGUAAUUCACGCUGAGUUCUUUUAAUAUCGGUCCGUGUCAUUGACGCGCUUCUACAGCGACACGUAACAUCCUUUGCACGUUAGCACUCAUUACGUGGCCGUCAGUGUGCUUAUGUGGUUCCCGUCGCAAGGAAAACGGAAGGCAACCACACGCAACUUCCAUGAGGAUAACUUGGAGAUGGUGCAGUGCUCUAUCGGCAUCGCUCG